CAGUGCUCUGCACACAAGACACGUGACUUCACUUGCCGUGGGAAAACAAGAAGAAAAUUAAUCGGUUAUAACAUUCAACCACCUGACAACCGGCCUGGCCAGGGGUGAAACGAACACUUGGCUCCCUCCGACAGUCCUCGGCGAACUCCCGGACCAGCUCGGGAGUGAGAAGAGUCUCUACCUUAGCCCCGGAUCCUGAGUCAGGAGUGUGUUUAUUGCAGGCAUGUGCUGGAAUUCUCUUAGCCUGCAAUUCCAGAAAGUAUGAACUGGUGGCAUGAUGUAGGCAAAUGCACGGCAAUGACUGCGGGAGUUUUGUCUCAGAAUGAACAACACUACCGCUCACUUGUAAACAGCAGUGUAUAUUUUAUGAGCAUGAAAGGAAGUUCAAGACGUCCAACACCAAAAUAUACUAAAGUCGGAGAACGGUUGAGGCAUGUUAUCCCCGGGCAUAUGGCAUGUUCAAUGGCAUGUGGUGGUCGAGCCUGCAAGUAUGAAAAUCCAGCACGUUGGAGUGAGCAGGAGCAAGCCAUUAAAGGGGUUUACUCUUCCUGGGUAACAGAUAACAUACUUGCGAUGGCUCGUCCAUCAACUGAGGUGAUUGAAAAGUACAACAUCAUUGAACAGUUUCAAAGCAGUGGCAUCAAAACAGUAAUUAACCUUCAGCGUCCUGGAGAGCAUGCUAGCUGUGGGAAUCCGCUAGAACACGAAAGUGGUUUUACUUAUCUUCCUGAAGCUUUCAUGGAGGCUGGCAUUUACUUCUACAAUUUUGGAUGGAAGGAUUAUGGAGUAGCAUCUCUCACUACCAUCCUGGAUAUGGUAAAGGUGAUGACAUUUGCUUUACAGGAAGGGAGAGUAGCAAUUCACUGUCAUGCAGGACUUGGACGAACAGGUGUUUUAAUAGCUUGUUACUUAGUUUUUGCAACAAGAAUGACGGCAGAUCAAGCAAUUAUUUUUGUUCGUGCAAAGAGACCAAAUUCCAUACAAACCAGAGGACAGUUAUUGUGUAUAAGAGAAUUUACCCAGUUUUUGAUUCCUCUUCGCAAUGUGUUUUCUUGCUGUGAGCCCAAAGCACAUGCUGUUACUUUAUCACAGUACCUAAUUCGCCAGCGGCAUCUACUUCAUGGUUAUGAAGCGCGACUUCUGAAACACGUGCCCAAAAUUAUUCAUCUAGUUUGCAAAUUGCUGUUGGAUUUGGCUGAAAACAGGCAAGUGAUGGAGGAAGAAGUGCUAGAGGUGCCCGAUCUUACAGCAGAAAUUGAAAAGACAGUUUCUGAGAUGGUCACAAUGCACCUCGAUAAAGAGUUAAUGAGACAAGAUUGUGAUGCCCCUGAUCUGUUCACCCCCCCAGCGGUGACAACACCUUUUGAGAACCAGGAUGCCGUUGAACAGGAAUAUGACCCUCUCUGGAAGAGACGGAAUGUUGACUGUCUUCAGCCUCUGACUCAUUUGAAAAGAUGCCUCAGCUACAGUGAUUCAGAUUUAAAGAGAGCUGAAUUUCUUUUGGAGCAAGGAGAAACUCCAUGGACAGUGCCGGCACAAGUACUUCUCUGCCGCAAUCUCAAGCAACAGAAGAGUAUGAGCCAUUGUUAUGUUCAGCAGUCUCCUCAGUUGGAUUUAAGUAAAGAAGACUUAGUGCACAAUACAUUUGCUUUCUGGAAUCAGGCUAAGUUCAGUGGUAUGGAAGGACCUAAAGGUAAUGGUUCACCAGUUUUCCAUAGGAGAAAAGUUCCAAAAGAAGUGCAGCGUAGUAGAACAUUUUCUUCAGGCUUUUCAGGGGCACGAAACAGUAAGGAACUGGAAACAUCAAAAAUUGUAAAUGUACAUGACAAGGAACCAAGUAGGUUGUCGCGGAAAGUUGACGAUCAUAAGUGUGAAUCUGGGAACAAGGAGGGCCGCGGACUGGUGAAUUGUGCUGGGAAUUUCUGUGGUGCACAGGACCGUGCUGCUUCUCCUAAGGCAGAAUUCUAUUUUGGAUGUGAAAGCCAAGAAAGUAAAGACCCAUCAGAAACUAUUCCACAUAUUGUUUUGCAGUCUGAGUUGAGUAUCGCGGCAAGAAGAAUUUUGGCAGCUAAGGCCCUGGCAAACUUAAAUGAAUUUGUGGAAGAGGAGGAAGUGAAGCAGAAGGUGGAAAUGUGGCAGAAAGAGCUGAAUUCCCGAGAUGGAGCUUGGGAAAAAAUAUCUGGAGAAAGAGAUCCUUUUAUCCUCUGUAGCUUGAUGUGGUCCUGGGUAGAACAACUAAAGGAACCCAUUAUAACUAAAGACGAUAUUGACAUGUUGGCCAGCAGAUGCACAGACGCCCGGGAAGCACUUUCUUUCCUAGAAAAGGGACAACACCAGACUAUUCUUUGUAUCUUGCACUGUGUAGUUAACUUACAAGCGAUUCCAGUGGAAGUGGAGGAAGCUUUUCUUGUGCAGGCCAUUAAAGCUUUCACUAAGAUCAGUUUUGAUUCUGAAAACGGACCAAUGGUUUACCAGACCCUGAAAAAAAUAUUUAAACACACAUUAGAAGAAAAGAGAAAAGUUUCAAAAGAAGGAUCGGAAAAGCCUUCUUGAUGUUUACAGAUGUGUGUUCGGGUCCUCUAAAGAUGCCAGAAAUGAACUGUGUGAUGCUAUCUCCUUUGUAAUUGCGUUUCUUUCCAUUGCUGUGUAUUUUAAAGUUGAAAAGCUUGAUAAGAUUUAUGUGCAUGCAUGAAAUAUGUUGGAUUUUUAAGCUGUUUUUUGUGGAUGUAUCUGUGGCAGUUCAUAUAAAAUCAGAUGUUUCUGUAGAUUGUGAGCGAUCUCUGUUAUUUUGAAACUGUUGACUUUAAUCAGUGACCUAUUGUGUGUGUAUGCGUGGGUGUGUAAAAUUCAUUGAUUCAUUCAAUCGUAUUUAUUGAGCAUUUACUGUGUGCAGAGCACUGUACUAAAAUUGCCAUAAGGUCAGUGCCAUUUUCUUUUAUUUAAUUAAUCCUGUUGCAUUAAGUAUGUGAAGUUUACAUUAAUCUAUUCUAUUUUAUAUUAUAGAAAAUUAAUGUGGCUAUCUUCUCCAAAACAGUCAAUUUGCUAAUCAAACUCCAUAGAAUUCUUAAACGUCGGUAGUUUAGCAAUAGAAAAGCACUAAGAACGUCUGCCUCUUUUUCCUGUUGCUUAACUUACAGUAGGUCACCAAAUGUCUUAAAAUAUUGCUCUAUAUUUGUGUCUACAAAUGUUGCCGUGGCAAGAUA